GGUUGAUGGAUGAUUUUGAGUGUUUUGACAUUUACCUGCUUAUACAUUAUUUACAACCUGUGUUUAGAACUUAGUUUGGAACCACAGCCAGAGGUGUUUUUUGUGUUGAAAAUUGCUUCAAAGUGACUCUAAAUACAGUACCUUGCGAGUAAUUAUUCCUGGUUACAAAAUCAGAGACAAUUUUCUUUCUUGAUCCAGUUUGUUAUACUUUUCUUGGUGUGAAGCAUGGAGGAGCCCCAAGCAGGGCCUACAAACACUGGUCAUCGUACCAAAAUCAAAAAAGUCGAACUUAUCGACCUCUCUCACGUCCUACCUUUACUUAAACCGCUACAGCCUGUGAACAACACGAACUGCUCCGUGCCGGGAUGCCAUUCUUCAAAAAAGAAAGAUAAAAAUAUUCAUUUUCAUCACUUCCCAUCAAAAAACAGUAGUAUAACAGUGCCUAUUGUAAAUGAUUCAGGUGAAGAGGAAGAAGUUGAUAAAAGAGAAGCUUGGGAAAAGGUGCUAUACAUGGGAGAAUGGAUGGGACGACCUAUAUCGAAGUCUACUGUUAUUUGUUCUAAGCAUUUUAGAAAUGAGGAUUAUUGUGCCAGAGAGGUUGUUCAUCAACUAAAUAAGCCAAAAUUGAUCCCAACUGCUGUGCCUUCUCAAAAUCUACCAGACAAGGAUUACUUAAAUCUAAGAGAGAAGAAAGCAAUAGAAAGAGCAAGAUUAAGAGCAAAAAGUAUUAGCUUUACACUACUGACACCUAAAAUUGAGAUGAAAACUGAGGAAGAUGAAUAUAGUGAAGAAAAGCCUGUCACAUUUUAUGAAAUUAUUAAUAGUAAAAAUGUAAAACCUUUGUCAGAAGUAGGUAAAAAUAGUAAUGAAGAUAGUUCUGUUAUCAAAAGUAUAACAGAAAGUGAGAAUUUAAUUAUAAAUGGUUCAGUUCAAAAUGAUGACCAAAGUAGCAAGGAUGAGUCAAAAAUUUCUUCUGAAUAUGGAACAUUAACAACUGAAAAUGAGUCAAGAUACAAUGCAUAUUGUUGUGUUUACGGAUGUGAAUCCAGUAGAACAGAAAAUCCAAACCUGUAUUUCCAUACAUUUCCAAAAGAAAAUAGUGGUAUAAUGAUCAAAACCAUAAAUAAACUUGGGGAAAGAGGUACCAUGGAUAAAAGAAAAGCUUGGGAAAAGGUACUCCUGAUAGGACAGCCUGCCUUACAGAAAAUGAGGGUUUGCUCAAAACAUUUUAGGGAAGAAGACUAUAUUUUUAUGGGUCCUGAAGGUAAACGGAAGCCAAGACUUAAACCUUUCGUAGUUCCUUCCAAAAAUCUUCCAAAGGUAGGCUUUAUGAAGACAUACAGAAGUAAGAAAAUAUUGGAUACAGAAACAUUGCUUAAUGAAGAAAGCUUAAGCCAAACCUCUAAAUGUGGAAUUAGUACUAGAGAAGAUAAAAUCAUUAAAAAUGAAGCAGAGUCUCGAAGUGAUUCAGAAAAUGAAAUAGGGGCUGUAGCUUUAUCACCAAGAAUAAAUGAACAGGUUGAUAAGGUGGGGGUUCUAUCACACAAGUCGAGAAAUGUACGUAAAAGAAAAAGUGUUGGCGGCUCUUCAAAGACACUGCCACAAAAACUAAAAUUAACAGAAGAGUCUAGUGAAGGGGAAGAUUUGGAAGAUGUGCAGCUAGAAAGAGGUAGAUUGGAAGAGAAGUUGAAAUGCCUUGAAGAAGAUUACGAGGCGUUAGUGGAAAAAAGGCUACGUGACGGCUGCGAGACGUUACUUAUUUUUUGGAAGCUAAAACGUGGAGCGUUUCUGUGUACUUUCAACGUCUGCCUACCUGCUGAGCUGGGUCGAUGGCUGAUUUACUGAUACAAGCUGGCUGCCGCACAAAUAUUCCAUGAAAGGGAGAAGAAAAAGUAUUUCGUUGACCUAACUCCUUUGCAAGACAAGUUGGACAACCAACAGGAGACAAUAUCAAAAUUGGAACAACAGUUAACGUCUAUGAAAAAUGCCCUAGUUGUUGCAGAAACGGAAAGGGACCGCCUGAAAUCCGAAUUACAACGUACAAUUAGUAAAGGCGAAGCUGAAGAGGAAAUUAUGACUUGUUUAUUGAAAAAGAUUUCUCGUCCAGAAAAACGGGACGAGGUGUGUGAAUGUGGGCUGAAAACUAUCCUCCAAGAUGUUGUUAAGAAAAUGAUCAAGAGUGAAAAUUAUGAAGAGUGUCAGCAAAUUGACAAUCAGGUGAAUGAUCGAGAACUUUUAGAACUUUUAGAAAGCUAGAGUUCAUGGUUUAUUUAUUCUAACAAAUAAUUGUAUAUACCAAACCUUUUUUGGGUCUUUGAUUAUUAUUAUUAUUAUUACUAUUAUUAUUAUUGUAAUUCGUUAUAAAAUAA